AAUACUUCAAAGUCUUAUUCUAUAUUUGGUGGAUUUAAAGGUUUAAAUCAAGUUAAAAGAGUAGUUUUCGAUUUUUUCAAAUGUUUUGAUUUCAGAAAGAUGCCUAGGGCAAAAACAAGGACACAUGCGUCCUUUUUUGAUCCCCCUGGUGAAGAUUUAAAAGGAAGCAGACCUCCAUCUAUACAUGAAAUUAUCAAGUUUAAAAACCUAAAUAAAGUAUUAUAUCCAGAAAAAACGGAGAGGGAACUUAUUAAAGUGAUGCUUCCUCCAAUCUUAGAUAUUUGGAGAAAGGUUCAUCCAGCUAUUCCAAUAAGAUCAGAGAACUCACUGACCGAACAUUUAAUCCAAAUAUUCAAGAAGUAUCAGGACUGCCAAGACAAAAGAUUAUCAGCUAAUAUACGCAGAAAUACAGUUGCGAGUGGGAACACAAUUUUUAACUGCACUCCCUGCAAGUGCAAGCUUCCUGAAUCACCCUGCAUGAGGAAAAACUGUAGUACAUCAGGACUUCAUACACAUAUAAAUUGUACCUGCAAGACUGACAAGAUUCCUUAAACCGAAAGAGAGUAUAUGAAAAACCUGUUAGCCCCUGGUGGCCCAACAAGGGAACUUGUGUUUGGAAGUGUAGAUCAAAAAGAAUCUAAGAAAGGUCAGAUGAAGAUGUCAAGGAAAUAUAAGAGAAAAAACGAAAGUGCUGAUGAUGAAGAACCAGAAUUCUUGCAGUUUGAAAAUGAUUUGGACAUGAAUGAUCAUGAUAAUGAUAAUUUAAAAGUGUUCCAUGGUAAAGUCAAGUUCAACUACAACAAGUUACUGCUCCCUACAGUAGCUCAGGAGGCCGACAGGUUUCAUGCUAGUGAUGCCUUAGUUGCAAGCAUUGUAAAUGCUACUUUAAUUGAUGUAGGUUUGAUAUCCAAAAAAGAUCAAGAUCUAGUCGUUACCAGAGCAAAAAUUAGAUUGGAAAGAAAGAAGGGAAGAAAACUGUGCAUUGCAAAGAACAUGGAAGAAAACUCUGGUAAACUGACUUGCUUAGGUUUUGAUGGCAAAAAAACAGAUACAUUAUGCUUCACUGAGGAUAAUAAGAGGAGGAAACUAGUUAAGGAUCACUACUCCUUUACUAAUUCUGAAGGAAAAUAUCUUACCCACCAAACCCUGAAUGUUAGUUCAACUGGAAAAAACAUAGCAAAUGCAGUAUUAGAUGUGUUGCUAGAGUAUAACAGUCUAGAUGUCAUAAGUGCCCUUGCCAGUGAUGGAACUGUAACUAAUACAGGACGACUAUCUGGAGCUAUUCAUUUAGUUGAACUAAAACUGGAAAGAAAUCUUCAUUGGUUAGUUUGUCUUCUGCACUUCAAUGAGCUUCCCUUGAGAGCUCUAUUCUAUCACCUAGAUGGGACUACAUCUGGUCCAAAGUCCUUUACAGGUCCUAUAGGAAAACUGGUAGCUGGUGAUCUGGAUUCUAACCCAGGUGUUCCGUUUGCUCUCAUACCAGUUGACCUUCCCUGCAUGCCACAGGAAAUAGUUGACGAUCUCUCAACAGAUCAGAGGCAGCUGUAUUCUUUCUUGGUCUUGAUUUCAACCGGAGUGAGACAUCCUCCUGUAGACUGGAAACUUGAAAAGCUGUGCCAUAGCCGUUGGUUGACUCUAGGUACCAGGAUACUUGCUCUCUACACUCAAACUACAAAUCCAACUUCUAAACUGACUCAGCUAGCAACAUAUGUAGCUCAGGUGUAUGCCAGGUCUUGGUUUGAGAUAAAGUGUAAUUCAGCUUGGCAGAGUGGACCAAAGAAUUUGCACUUUGUUAUGCAACAAAUCUUAACGCAGGCUGGCUUUAAUAUUUAAUUCAAGUUAAAUGAGGAAAAAAGACAAAGCGUAUAUUUCUCAAAAUAAUUUCAUGUUGAAAGUAAUAAUUUUUAUUUUUUAUAAAGGUCUUGUUUAAGUUA